GGAGGGCAGCAGGGGCAGUCGCAGAGAGGAAAGGGCCACUUCCGGGUUUCCUCCUCCUCCUCCUCCUCCUCCAGGGGAUUUGAUUGUUGGUUGUGAAUUUGGGAGUAGAACCUGUUCAGUUGAGAGAAGAGGGAAGAAAAGCAUCUUGGAUACGGUUCGGUUCUUCAUCAAAGAGUGGUUCCAACAUGGAGAGACCCAACUCACCUGGACCUGAAGCUGGACUUUGGAGCAGUGGGGAAUCCUGGGAAAGAACUAUGCAUAAGUUCCAGAAUGUGGACUUUUAUAGAUCAGGCCUACAGCGCCAGAGCCCAUUGAGGGAUUUCUUUCCCUUGAAAGAAAAGGGAAGACAAGCAUCUUGGAUACAGUUUGGUUCUUCACCAAACAGUGGUUCCAACAUGGAGAGACCCAACUUACCUGAUACCAAAACAGGCAGGGCCCCCAGGAGCAGUGGGAAAUCCUGGGAAAGAACUACGCAGACGUUCCUGUAUGCAGACACACAGCGCCAGCGCUUCAGGCAUUCCUCCUUCCGAGAGGGCGAGGGACCCAGAGUGGUUUGCAGCCGCCUCCACUCUCUCUGCCGCCAGUGGCUGAAGCCAGAGCAACACACCAAGGCGGAGAUGCUGGACCUGGUGAUCCUGGAGCAGUUCCUGAGCAUCCUGCCCCCAGAGAUGGGGAGCUGGGUCCGAGAGUGUGGGGCAGAGACCUCUUCCCAGGCGGUGGCCCUGGCGGAAGGCUUCCUCCUGAGUCGGGAAGAAGACGAGAAGCAGGAAGGACAGAAUUUACCACUCUGCAUUGAAGUCCCGCCUGAUGUCUCUGAAUCAGAGAAGUCUCAAGGAGGCCCCACCCAGAGUCUCCUACAGGAGGAAUUCAAGCAGGAAGGAGAUGGGUUUGCAGCCUUGGAGGGGGCUGGAAUGAUGUUGAUGCCGAAUCCUCUGUUGUUUUUUCCCCUUUGUGACGGAGUGGAACUGAAUCAGAGCCCAAUCGCCUUUGAGGAGGUGGCUGUCCAUUUCUCCCUGGAAGAGUGGGCUCUCCUGAAUCCUGAUGAGAUAGCCUUGCAUGUGCAGACCAUGGAGGAAAUUCGUGGGAUGGUGGACUCUCUUGCAGAUAACUGGAAGAAUAGCAAUGUAUUCAGCAAACAGGAGAAGCACUUGGGACACAAUAGCGGCUUUCCUAGAUACCAGCAAACCCACAGAGAAGAUGGAGAUUCUACCAGAGAAAUGCUCUACGAAUGCAAUGUAUGUGGACAGUGUUUCACUCAAAAUAUGGCACUUGUGCUUCACAUGACACUCCAUGCUGGGGAAAACCAUCUUAAAUGGAAAGAAUCUGCAAACUGUGUUGCUGAUUACAAAUUUCCACAUCUGAACCAAGAAGAAAUAUUUGAAGGAACUGAAGAUUUUAUAAGCCAGGGGUUUGGGAAAUCUUUCAUCCACAAUUCACACUUGGUGAAACAUGAGAGCUUUUACACAAGACAGGAACCAUACAGAUUCCAGGAGUAUGGGGAAUUUUUAACUCAGAAUACACACCUUAUAGAUCACUGGAGAUCCUACACAGGAGAGAAGACAUGCCAAUGUCAGGACUGUGGGAAAUGUUUUGCUUACAUUUCAGACUUGGUGAGGCACCAAAGACUCCACACAGGAGAAAAGCCAUACCAGUGCCAGGAGUGUGGGAAAUGUUUUGGUGACAAUUCAGACUUGGUGAGGCACAAGAGACUCCACACAGGAGAAAAGCCAUACCAAUGCCAGGAGUGUGGGAAAUGUUUUGCUUACAGUUCAGUUUUAGUGAGGCACAAAAGAAUCCACACAGGAGAGAAUCCAUACCAAUGUCAGGAGUGUGGGAAAUGUUUUGCUUGUAGUUCAAACUUGGUGAGGCACAAGAGACUCCACACAGGAGAGAAGCCAUACCAAUGCCUGGUAUGUGGGAAAUGUUUUGCUUCCAGUUCACACUUGGUGAGCCACAAAAGACUCCACACAGGAGAGAAGCCAUUCCAAUGCCAGGAGUGUGGGAAAUGUUUUGCUGAUGCAUCAGCCCUGGUGGGCCACAAAAGACUCCACACAGGAGAGAAGCCAUAUCAAUGYCAGGAGUGUGGGAAGUGUUUUGCUGAUGGUUCAGCCUUGGUGAGGCACAAAAGACUCCACACAGGAGAGAAACCAUACCAAUGCCAGGAGUGUGGGAAAUGUUUUGCUUGCAGUUCAGACUUGGUGAGGCACAGAAGAAUCCACACAGGAGAGAAGCCCUACCAAUGCCAAGAGUGUGGGAAAUGUUUUGCUCGCAGUUCAGACUUGGUGAAGCACAAACACCUCCACACAGGAGAGAAUCCAUACAUAUUCUAGGAAUGUGGGAAAUGUUUUGUUCAGAGUUCAUAUCUAAGGAACCACUAGAGAGUUUGCACAGGAGAAAAACCAUACAGAUGCACAGAUUGUGGGAAAUAUUUUCCUCAGCCUUCAUCCCUUAACAAGCACCAGAGAAAAUACACAGGCUAAAAUAUACAAAUGGCAGUCAUGUGGGAAAUAUUUUGUUUGGGGUUCGUACCUUUUGAACUAUCACAGACUACAUACAGGAGAGACAUAAUCCAAAGA